GGUCGUCCGUGAGGGCGGCAGCCGCUGCGACUUCGGGGGAUGUGACAGCCGCCCGGGAGGGGCGGAGGCGCGGACUAAACACUGCCCACGUGCGAGGACCCGGGCAAGGGCUCAGCCCCCAGCCGCCCGGGACGGCCGGCGAGUCCCGGAGCGAGCGGAGGGUGUCAGAAGCAGGGGCCGGAGAAACAAAGUUGCCGGGGCUUCUCCGAGGCCGCUGUCCGGGUUGUCCGUGUGGCCGCCCCACUCCUUGCGAAGGCAAUGGCUUCCAAACUCCUGCGCGCGGUCAUCCUCGGGCCGCCCGGCUCGGGCAAGGGCACCGUGUGCCAGAGGAUCGCCCAGAACUUUGGCCUCCAGCAUCUCUCCAGCGGCCACUUCUUGCGGGAGAACAUCAAAGCCAACACGGAAGUUGGUGAUAUGGCAAAGCAGUACAUAGAGAAAGGUCUUUUGGUUCCAGAUCAUGUGAUCACACGCCUAAUGAUGUUGGAGCUGGAAAACAGGCGUGAUCAGCACUGGCUACUAGACGGUUUUCCUAGGACAUUAGUUCAGGCUGAAGCCUUGGACAGAAUCUGUGAACUGGAUCUGGUGAUCACUUUGAACAUUCCAUUUGAAACACUCAAAGAUCGUCUCAGCCGCCGUUGGAUUCACCCUUCUAGUGGGAGGGUGUAUAACCUGGACUUCAAUCCACCUAAUGUACACGGGGUUGAUGACGUUACUGGUGAACCGUUGGUCCAGCAGGAGGAUGAUAAACCUGAAGCGGUUGCUGCCAGGCUGAGACAGUACAAGGAUGUGGCAAAGCCAGUCAUUGAACUGUACAAGAGCCGAGGAGUGCUCCACCAAUUUUCCGGAACGGAGACUAACAAAAUCUGGCCCUAUGUUUACACGCUUUUCUCGAACAAGAUCACACCUAUUCAGUCCAAAGAAGCUUACUGAGCCCACCCGGAGGAAGAACCAUGAGAAGUGGUCAUUCUUUCAGUUGUAUGUGUAGUAUUGGUGCAAUGUCCCAAAUAGAAGCUAGCUGAGAUAGCUUGCGUCUUUUCUAGUUUAAGUGAUGAACUGAUAUGAAAACUAAUGAGUAAAAAGUGUUAAUGAAGAGGCUCUUCUCUGAUUUUUGAAGGGUCAGCUAGACAUGUUAAAGAUGUCUCUGCACAUGUAUCAAGCCCUUCACAAGAAAGCGUACAGGCUGGAUUUCAAAUGGUGUAUAACCCCCAGCUCUAGCUGAUUUUUGACAGUCAUGUUGCCAUAGUAGCAGCCUUUUUACCCUUGAUGGUGGUGCUCUCUGGUUCACCAAGAAUGUCAAGGGUCGUAACCUGGGCUUUGUCCCACAUUCUCUGGUAUGUGCCCCUCUGGAGACAAUGCGGCUGAAGCCAAUUGCUUUUGGUGGUUGCUUCUCUGAUUUUGAGUGACUGUAUCCACAGUUUUUCUGUUACGAGUGACACCUCCUUUUCUGCCUCCAUGCACCAUAGAAUCUCUCCUUUUCAGACAUCCUGGAAUGAAAGGAUUUGGCUCCUGCUAUUUUUAUUAGACUGUAUUUUUUUUUAACAUCUGUUUCCUCCCUUCCUAUGUUAUUAAAUUAUACAGAUACUUAUUGCUUUUUAUCCCUCUGAAAUUCCUUUCUCAGAGCUGAGAGCAAGGAACUGAGCUCUUGGAGGGGCUCCUUAAACUGCUGAUCUGACGCUCAUGGGUAGACACCGUUCCUUUAUUUUUUUGUGCAAAAACAAAAUCCUUGGAGUCUUUUUUAAAUCCUCAAAAAGGAAGAAAUAUUCACCUUCAUAAAUGUUAAAAGUUUGUAUCUUCUGUAUAGAUGUAAUAAGACCAUAAGGAAUUACUGGACUAAAAGAUUAGUUUGCUUUUUAUUCAAGAUAAAGAAAAUGUAUUUUGAAAAUGCUGCUAAAUGUAGAUGCUGACAGUGUUGUUCUCCUGUGAGUGACCCAAGCUUGCUAUGAAUAAGUUGGCAAAGGGAAUGGAGCCUGUGAGGUUGAGGAAACAUGUUGCACUAGCUGUGCCUAGACUAAGUAUACAGCUUUACAAUUAUGAGAAAACAAAAUCUUAAUUUUUUUUAUCCCAAAGAUUCUACAGGGUGGCCGUAAAGUCUAAAAAUACAGAUAACACUAUUUGUCAUUCACUGUAAUAUAAUAUCAAUAAAUCAUUUAUUAAGGAUUUGCUUGGUUUCCAGACUUGGUGGCCACCUUGUACACUUAAUUCUUGCUCUCCUCUGGGAAGGACAAUGAAAUUUAUCCCUGUUGCCUUAAAGAUAAGUAUUCCUCCUCAUGCAUUGUGAUUAUCCCCAGCGAGGGUCCUUUUCCAUUCGUGGGAGUGGAAUCAUUGCCUUUGGGGUCUGGGGGAGAGGUAUCAGAAACGGGAAAUGGCCUGAUCGCUGAUUCCACACUCGACUCCUCCAUUCUUCACUCCCUUCCUUCUCCCUUCCAGCAAAGUAGACAGUAUCAGAGUCAUGCAGUGUGUCUCAGCAGUGUUUCCUGUUUCUGAGAUUUCCCAGCAACUGAGGGACCCCCUUGCUAGGCGAUAUCAAUAAAAGACAAACACCUUUUCCAUGGUCUUUGAAAGACGAUGCUUGUUUCAUGUUCAGUGGCCUAAAAUAUAUGUUUCUGGUUUUCUUCAACAAACUCCUUCAAUGAUUUUGAAAUAGAUUAAGAUUUUGUAAAAAUUUUAAAUUUUCUGAGGAAAGUAGCUAUUUUGAGAAAAAUAAAAUUCAAGGGACAGCUCUUCUCGGUUUUCAUUCUACUGCCACACAUGUGGUUCCUUCCCCGUUAGGCAAAAAUAAUUAGGAUGACCUCUUAAGAUUCAUACCUGUCCUUACGACCUGUGAUUCUAACUAGCUCUGAAUUCAUUUUGCCUUCCAUUAUCCUAACAGGCUUAGUUAGACUGGAAAAAUGUUGCCGUGUUUAAUGCCAUUGCAAACAUAAAAUAGGUACCAUUUAUCAAAGGCCUACUGAGUGAUAUGUGCAGUUUUUGGAUCUUUAUAAAUAGAGUGUGGGAUGAAAGUAGGUACAGUUCAUAUGGAAAAUAGUACAAUAAUUAAUAAAUAAUAAUGCAAGAAUAAACUCAGUUGAAAGCCUACAUUUGCCCUGCUCUGUAUUCCGCUCUCAGGGGUCCUGUGAGAUGGGCAUGGCCCCACACUUAUAAAGGAAGAAGGCAAGGUCAUCGAUGUGAAGUGACUGGCCCAGGCUCCUGGUGCCAAUUAACAGUGUAGCCAGGACUCACACUCAGGUUUUCCUGACU